UAUAUGAUGGUGAAACGAAAAACCAGGACGGAAACGGAUUCCUUCUUUGUCAGGAUUUCGCCGCCACAACUUCCGCAUUCCCCGUCACCUGACCCCUACUAACCAAUCAGGUGCUAGCAGUUUUGGCGGUUGCAAGUGAAUGAGUAAAAGUCGAAGUCAUUUUCCAACAUAAAUGUCGAUAUAUAUUUUAACAAAUCAGCUUUGUUUUGAUACAUUUCCAAAUGUUCUACAGGUCGCACUAUGUAGAUUGCGCGUCUGGCAUUGAUCGCACACUCUCCGCCUUCGUUGAAAGCCGUGACGAAAACGGGGCGAGCGAGGCGCUGCCCUGGGGCAGAGCUUUAAAAUGACAUCAGAAAGCCCUGCUCCACGGCUUGCGGCUGUUUUGUCCAAGGGCGACAGGAGCUGUCGCAUGGGGCAGCGCGCUCCGCUGCGCCACCUUGGCGCUUUGAUUCUGUCUGCGUGGGCCAGGCUGCCCGAUUGGACAUCAUGAGCCUCCCCACACUUGUGGUGGCAUUGGCGCUGACGUUGUGCGCCUGGAUUACGCUUUGUGGAGACAUUUCGUGCGAUACCGGAUGGGACGUGUUCGGCUCCAGCUGCUACAAGAAGAUGCCAGCCACCAACGGUUGGCUGGGGGCCCGUUUACACUGCGCCCUGGAGGGCGGCGACCUGGUCUCCUUCAACUCAUCGGCCGAGGAAGAUUUUGUGAAGGGCAAAAUGGGGCUGGACCCGUUCUGGAUCGGACUCUCCAACCUGGAAUGCGGCCAUAAGUUGUGUCAUCGAAUGUCAGGCAAGGAGCCGAAAUGGUCCGACGACACGCCGCUGAUCUACAGCAACUGGGAUGCCGGUCAAGCCGUAAGCACCACAUCGGAGUCCUGCGCCUACGUCAAGCGAAAAGCAUAUGAGUCCGACCAGUGCGACAAGUGGAGAACCGGCUUGUGCGAGUCCUCCCUGGCGUACAUAUGCAAACGCUCGCCCGACGGCUGCCCGGACGGACAACCGUGCUCCAAGAAGGCCGACCGUUUGGCUCUCUCUGCGGUGCAAACUUCCGCCUGCGACCCCGGCUACUUGCUCUACGGCCCUUUUUGCUACCGCUACUUGGCGACCCUUAAAACUUGGCAGGCAGCUGAGGAUGACUGCGUCGCACGGGGAGGUCACCUGGCAAGCGUCCACUCGCAUGAAGACGGCAAAUGGAUGCUGGGUGAGCACCAAGGGCCACCAUGA